AUGGACAAACUACACAAGGGAUGGUUCACUGAGUUCUCGCCAGACGAUUUGGAAAAGAUGAGCAAUCCUGAUGCUCCCGAAGACUCCUCUUCUAAACUUCUCAAGUCGGAUGGGCAGGAGAUGGGCGGUGCAUGGCCAGGCCAAGCGUUUUCUCUUCAGGUCAAGAAGGUGUUGUUCCAUGAGAAGAGCAAGUAUCAGGAUGUGCUCGUUUUUGAGAGCACUACCUAUGGAAACGUGCUAGUUCUAGAUGGAAUCGUUCAAGCCACCGAACGAGACGAGUUCUCCUACCAGGAAAUGUUGGCUCAUCUUCCACUGUUUGCUCAUCAGAACCCAAAGAAAGUUCUCAUCAUUGGUGGAGGAGAUGGAGGUAUUCUCCGUGAGGUUCUGAAGCAUGACACCGUCGAAAAAGUGACAAUGUGUGAGAUUGAUGAGAUGGUCAUUGAUGUGGCCAAAAAAUUCCUGCCUGGCAUGUCUUGCGGAUUCUCCCACGAGAAACUGGAUCUCUACUGUGGUGACGGUUUCGAAUUCUUGAAAAAUCACAAGAACGAAUUCGAUGUUAUUAUUACUGACAGUUCCGAUCCAGUGGGUCCAGCCGAGUCGCUGUUCGGACAGAGUUACUAUGAGCUCUUGAGAGAUGCUCUUAAGGAGGAUGGUAUUUUGUCAUCGCAAGGAGAAUCCGUAUGGCUUCAUCUCCCACUGAUUGCUCAUCUUGUGGCGUUCAACCGGAAAAUCUUUCCAACAGUGAACUACGCUCAAUCGAUCGUCUCUACUUAUCCAUCAGGAAGCAUGGGAUACUUGAUUUGCGCAAAGAGUGAUACCCGUGACGUCACCACUCCUGCUCGUGUGCUCUCUGAUGAACAAGUCAAGAAUAUGAAUCUCAGAUUCUAUAAUUCCGAAGUUCACAAAGCGGCGUUCGUCCUUCCACAGUUCGUCAGAAACGCUCUGGAGAAGAAGAAAGAGUAA